AUGAGCGUGCAGAAAAUUAAGGGGCCAGGGGUGGCUGGAGAGAGAGGGGAACACCGGAUUCUGGGGACAGCACUGCCCACGUCGGAGAGGGGAAGGCAAGGUGGUCCGGAAUCUGAGCACUGGAGAACCCCCUUCGUGUCUCCUCAGAGGGGCGUGCGCUGUCGUCUAACCGUUCCCCAACGGCGUGGAGCAGAGGCGAGGUCCGGGGGCACUGGUCUGGCCGCGGAACAGGGCGGACACUCAGUGGGCAAGGCUCUACAGAACUGGAGCCCCCGCUGCCGCCGCCGCCGCCGCCGCCAGCAGCCGAUGCCCCCGCCUCGGCCAAACCAUCCUUCAGACACCCGCGCCGCCGCCUCACAACAUGUCGGCCGCAGCCGCUGCCGGAACCGGGACGGUCUCCAGGGAACGAAUACGGACAGAACCAGGCACAAGGGGACCGGCGGCGGCGUCUACUGUGACCGUUUAGCCCGAACGCAGAUCGUGGAAGCCGAAGCCACCCCAACGGUGGUCCCUCCAGAGGCCAGAGAAGAAGGUUUACUGGAAGCCUCUCCCGAUACCCUUUGCGCUACCGGAAGCCUCGCCCCCACACGUUACCCCCCCACCCCACUUCCAGACCAACUUCCGGGUGUGGCAGCCGCCCUUCCCCCACCCUCGCCGGCGGGAACCGCCCGUCUUCUCCGCCAGCAGCUUCCGCCUGCCGCAGUCCCGGCACGCGUUCUGGGAUCCCGCCCCUUCCCAGGGAUAGUGACCGGGCGAGCGCGCGCCUCGCGGUACCGAAGACACCCGAGCACGCGCCAGGGCUUCGGCACCAGACGCGGGUUGUGAUGGGUUGAGUGCUGGAGAAGACCCUUGAGAGUCCCUUGGACAGCAAGAUCAAACCGGUCAAUCUUAAAG